CAACACACUUUUUUUUCUGACAGGGAAACAAAAUAUAUGAAAGACACCUAUCUCCCAGUAGUCUGGCUGAAUGAGAGUUGUGAUUUGGAUGAUGCAUUUGUUGAUUAUUACAAGAAGUCUGUUUUGCUACCUUUGAACUCUGCUCUUGGCCUCUUUAUUGCGAUACUUGUUUUGGGAGCUGGUUUGCUAAUUGGUUCUCUGAUAACCUACUAUAUUGAUUAUCGAGCAAACAUGAAUCCAAAGAAGUCAAAUCAAGGAGAAAUGAAAGACGUGUGUGAAAGGCCAAAUUUGGAACGUCAUACCAGCCAAAUCCCGCUUCAAGAUGACUUCGCUACUACCGACAAUGAUGACCAAACAGUACCUCAAACAAGAAGCUAAUUGCAUCACAAGAUAUCAACAGCAGAUAUGUUACCCAAAAUGUGAUUACUUUAAUAAGGUUGCCUACAACCCCUUAAAAAAAGUGUUAUAUAAAAGUCAUUUUUGUAUGUUUACAUAAUAGUAAAUCAAAAUUACUUUAUUAGGUUAAGGAUAUUGUUAUAUUAAUACCAAUACUGUACCAUAAUUUCAUGCAAUGGUACGUCAUCAUGUUAUGGAUGGUAUGUCCGUUACCAUCACUAUGGUCAUCAUCAUCAACUAAACUUUUUGGCAUUUGGCAUUAAUAUUUUACAAUGUGGAAUUGUCUAAUAUUGAAUUAAAGAUUAUAGUCAGGCAGCAAAACUAAAAAGCCCUAUUUAUCUACUUAAAAAUAGGUCGUUAGGAAUGAAACCUAAUAUAGAAACUUUCAUACAUGUGUUAAGAGAAUGUAAAAUAAAAAAGACUGAUUAUUUCAAAAAAUGGAAAGGGAUAAUUUAAAACUAAGUAAAAAGUUUGGCAAAUGUGUUAUUUUGCCUUAAUCAUCUUUAAUGUUCUUGGUCUUUUAAGUUAUACUGAAGUUUGAUUUAUUGUGUUUUAAGGUUAAGUCAUUAUGUUCUGUUAAUGUAUUGAUUAUUAUUAUUGCUUGGAUUUGUUUAUUUCAAUUCUAUGUAAUGCUGUGAUUUAUGAACUAUUGAACUGAAUAAAAAUUGCCUAGUUAGUAUCGGUCAGCCUGAA